CUCUGCAAUCCACUGCAACCAACCCAUUGUUUGAACCAGUCCGUGGCAGCAAGUGGUCGCAGACACACUGUUCAGUUAACGGUUCUCGCCAAAAAAGUGGUGGUUUGAUCUUUCAGUUGGACCUACCUGGUCAACAGACCCACUGUCAUCCAUUGGCCGGCCUCCUUUAACCUGCUUCCCCAAGUCAUGUCGCCCGAUAUCAACUCUCUGUCCCCGACCUGGUCCACUACUUCUUCCCCGCGUCAACGUCGGAUGGCCCCGACUUUAUCCGACUCCUUAUCGUCACAGCAUACUCAGCCAGACUUUCCUUCUGCAGCCCUGCCCAAUAUGAAUAACGGUUCAGCAAAUAACCAUAGCAACAUCAUUGCCACUGAUCUGCCUCACCGGCCCUCUCACAGUCAUCGCUCCAGCAUGUCAGGAUCGGAACGCCGCCGGUCCCGUACCGGUUCCAGUUCUCUCCUGAACAAUGGCCAUAAUAGCGCUAGUGAUUCGGCCCCCGGGGAACCGACCACAACCCCCCACGACCACCACCGGUCUUCCUUUGGCCAUAAUGGGCUUCGCACCUCCAGUCCGCUCAGUAGUGUCGGGGGGAACCCGACCGUUGCCACCGGGGACCCGCAUCAUCAACGUGCGCCGUCCCUGGGGGAGCUCCAUCAGGAAUUAGAACAAGAACAAGAAGCACAAGUGAACCGUCUUUUACACAUGAUCCGAAGCCAGCAAGCUCAGCUGCAGCACCUUCAACAGCAACAACAACACUCGCAGGCCGUGGUGGAUGACUCUGGUCCUGCGGAACGGCUGACCCCAUUCCCCCCAAUUCCCCCGCUCCCCACAACCAGCAGUCGGGCGUCAACCCAAUUGCCUUCCUCCUUGUCCAGCCGGCGACCCUCCCGCCCGUCUAGUCAAGCCGCUUCACCCAAUCUCCGACCGCUGGCCGAGCCGUCGUGCGGGUCAGAGGGACCGGAUUGGAGUGCAGGCCCCGGUGAGAGCCCAGCCCGGCGGGGAAGCAGGGAUGAAAGCGCAUUUUACCAGGCGGAGGCAGCGAUGCUGACGCGCGAAAACCAAAUGCUCCGACAGCGAAUCCGCGAUUUAGAACGCCAAGUUAGUGAGCUGACCUCUGGUGCCCGAUCAAGCGAGAUCCCUGCGGCACCUACCGCACAAGGAACCGAGGCCGUAGAUCACCCAGCGUCCGCAGGAGUGGGAUCGGCGAACGAGUCGUCAGACAAGACCUGAUUGACCAGGAGCCACAUGGGAGGCCUUUGUUCUUGCCCUCUUACACUUCUUCUUUUUACAGUGUAUUUUGCGGGAUUACGGAGUGCAGCACUCUCUCCAGAUCAGCAGUGAUCAGCAUGUUCUUGUGAUAGGGGGAAAAAGCCACGUCGGUAUCUGAGCGGGCGUUCAUGCGCAGCAAAUAAAUAUCCCUCCACGAUUUUCGUCUGCGCAUGAUCCUAACAUCUGUCCAUACUAUGUUAUAGUAGUGGCUGUGCGGUGGGCAUAUGAAUACUCCUCGACCACCAACACCCGUAGUUAGCCGCGUGUACUCGGGCCCCCGAUGUGUGUGGGGUACAUACGUACACUUAAGUAGGUGCAUAGGCAACAUGAAAAAGAAUGCGUGACCAUAAUGACCCCGACUUCACAUCCAAUGAAGAAAACAUACAUACGUUAGCGCAUACGUUGG